AACGCUCGGUCAGGCAUUAUUCGGAGCUUCCUACUUUCCUCGGCCUCAUUAAAUUACGCACCGUGUCGACGGGCUGGUGGUAAUCCGGUUAUUUCUGUACAAACUGCGUUAAAUCGGACUCAUCGCGCGUUCAAAAAUGUUUGCUACUGUCAGUAAACAGUUGAGGAGCCAUCCCGCUCUCAUCCCCCUCUUCAUCUUCAUCGGUGGAGGAGUGAGCAUGUCCAUGAUGUACCUCGCUCGCCUGGCUUUGAGAAACCCAGAUGUCUGCUGGGAUCGCAAGAACAACCCAGAGCCCUGGAACAAACUGGGCCCCAAUUAUCAGUACAAGUUUGUCGCAGUCGGCAUGGACUACAGCAAGCUGAAGAAGGAACGUCCAGAUUUCUAAAGAGACACAUCUGCUGGACCAAAAGCACAAAGAUGAGAUGAUCCGCACAGCUCCGUCUUGGACUCUCUUGGAACCUUUGGUGGGAUGCAGAGGCUAAACCCGCACAAUGAUUCAUAUUUAAGUUCUUCGUUGCAUCCCAUUGGCUUUUUUUGAAAUCUUAUCUCUUGUUUCUCAUUGUCAAUCGCUCUCAAUAAAGCGAAGGAGUCUUUUCUCCUCCAUACAGAGAAAA